UUUUUUUUAAUUUGGGGUUCUUUCUUGUUUUCACCGAACUUUGACUGUGAGAUUUUGAGGAAAAAAAAGUUUUUUUUUUUUGCAAGUGUUCAAGUAUGUGGACUUAAAAUUAGUGUUUUUUUUUUUAAAAUAAAAUCUUGAUGAUGGGUUCUAGGAAGAAUCAGAGUGUUGGAUUUAGUAAUAGUUAUGAUUAUUCAUUCAAGAUUCUUCUUGUUGGAGAUUCUGGUGUUGGAAAAAGUAGUCUUCUUCUCACUUUUAUUUCACAUCAUCUUUUUCAAGAUCUUUCUCCAACUGUUGGUGUGGACUUCAAAAUCAGGAUGCUAACGGUUGGUAGCAAGAGGUUGAAAUUAACAAUUUGGGACACAGCUGGACAAGAGAGGUUUGGAGCAUUAACAAGUUCAUAUUAUCGAGGGGCUCACGGAAUAAUUCUAGUGUAUGAUGUAACAAGACGAGAGACCUUUACAAACUUAUCAGAAACUUGGGCGAAGGAUAUAAAGUCUUACUCCACAAAUCCCGAGUGUAUCAAGAUGCUAGUUGGGAACAAAGUCGAUAGGGAUAGUGAAAGAGCUGUAACUAGAGAAGAAGGCCUGGCAUUUGCGAAGGAGCACAAUUGUUUAUUUCUCGAAUGUAGUGCGAGGACAAGAGAAAACGUGCAACUAUGUUUCAAAGAUCUCACACUGAAGAUACUGGAUGUACCAAGUCUAGUGGAGAAAGGUUCCGCCGUGGUGAAAAAACAAAUCUCGAAACAGAAAGAAGUGCACAAGUCUCAACGUAACGGAAACUGUUGCUCCUAGUUGAAAUACUUGCUACACUAUACUGCAACUGUACUGAGGAGAUCUCGUAAAUGAGCAAUGCUCGUUACGAAGAUGUGCAGUCAAACAACGACAGGUUCGUCGUUGAAGGUGCUGUUCUUUUUUCUUCGCUGGCCGUAGCUAGAUUUUGUUCGUGUAUGUAUAUGUAAAGGUUUAUUUUUUUUUGUUCAUUUGUGAAAUCUUUACAAGAAUGGUGUCAUAAUCGCCCCGUCUACAUCUCACGGGGAGAUGUAGAAGGUGGAAGCGGAAGUUCCUACAUAAGUUGUCGGAUCCUCAAAAGGAAAAUGUAGAAGUUUUGUAACAAAAUGAUUUUGCUGUCUUAUAGAAAGUUGUUCAAUAUCAAUAUUUCUUGGAGAGGGGUGUGACCAAAACAAUUUUUGGAUUA